AUGUCUUCAAACAAGAUUGGAAACAAGCUCAGCCUUGAUAAGGUUGACGUAAAGGGAAAGCGUGUGCUUAUUAGAGUUGACUUCAACGUACCCAUUGAGGAUGGUAAGAUUGGAAGCACUCAGAGAAUCGACGCUGCCAUUCCAACUAUUAAGUACUGUCUGGACCAUGGUGCUCGCUCCGUUGUUCUUAUGAGCCACUUGGGCCGUCCAGAUGGAUUGGUCAAGAAGGAGUACACUCUGGCCCCAGUGGUGCCAGUGCUCGAGGCUCAUCUCGGCAAGAAGGUCACCUUCCUCGACGACUGUGUUGGCGAGGCUGUUGAGAAGGCCUGUGCUGCCCCAGCCGACGGCUCUGUCAUCCUGUUGGAGAACCUCCGUUUCCACAUUGAGGAGGAGGGAUCUGGUGUCGACGCUGCUGGCGCCAAGGCCAAGGCCGACCCAGCCAAGGUCGCUACAUUCCGUGCCUCGCUGUCCAAGCUGGGCGACGUCUACGUCAACGAUGCCUUUGGCACUGCACAUCGUGCUCACAGCUCAAUGGUCGGAGUCAAGCUCGAGACCCGUGCCGCCGGUAUGCUGAUGAAGAAGGAGCUCGAGUACUUUGCCAAGGCUCUCGAGUCACCAACUCACCCAUUCCUGGCAAUCCUCGGAGGUGCCAAGGUCAGCGACAAGAUCAAGCUGAUCCUCAACAUGUUGGACAAGGUCAACGCCAUGAUCAUCGGAGGAGGCAUGGCCUUCACCUUUAAGAAGUUUAUCGACCACAAGGAGAUUGGCUCAUCGCUGUGCGAGGACUCUGCCGAGCAGCUUGCCAAGGAAAUCAUUGAGAAGGCCGCCAAGAAGGGUGUCAAGCUCAUCUUCCCAGUAGACUACGUCAUUGCUGACAGCUUCAGCAGAGAGGCCAAGUUCAAGACCGUCAGUGAGGAUGAGGGUAUCCCCAAGGGAUGGAUGGGACUCGACUGUGGUCCAUUGACCCGUGCCCUUAACAAGAAGGCAAUCGCUGAGGCCAAGACCAUCGUCUGGAAUGGACCAAUGGGAGUGUUUGAGUUUGAUAACUUCCAAUAUGGUACCAAGGAGUGCAUGGAUGAUGUUGUCGGUGCCACUAAGAAUGGUGCUGUCACCAUCAUUGGUGGAGGUGACACUGCCACCUGUGCCGACAAAUACAACACAGUUGACAAGGUCAGCCAUGUCAGCACUGGAGGUGGUGCCAGUUUGGAGUUGCUCGAGGGUAAGGAGCUCCCAGGUGUCACUGCUCUCUCUGACAUCUAA